UGCGCCAAAGUCGAUGAGUGAGUCCUGAGAGAGGCACUUGUUAGGCGUUAACUCAACUCUCCUCACCGUCCAAUGCCUGUACAGACGCUUCGUAUUUUUCCAGGUUGAGGGGACCAGCCGACCAAAGAAGUGUUGCUUGGACCUCAACCACCGGAUUCGUGUCGCCUAGCUUUUUGCUGUCGGUCGAGGUGACAUAUCCGAUGACAUUCACCCAUUCGCCAACGCGUGUUUGUUCCGCCUUGAGACUCUGCAGAACGAGGUUGACAUCAACCGAGGCGAAAGUGAGUUGUCUGUCCUCAGACCCUUUGUAUUGCAAGGUCAAAACGCCAGACUCGGUGGAAUAGGAUGUUACACUGGAGCUACUGUCAGCUUCAUUCCUUGAAAUUUGAAGGUGACAAGUUUCAAGAGCACUCACCAUCCCAGGAACCUCACUUUAUCACCAAUAUCUUUUUGGGACAGGGAGGAGAGCAGACACAGUUGGGAGGGAAGCGGUCCGAAAGACAUGUUGUAAGCCAAAAACAGUGUGUAUAGUUCAUUCUUGAAUUAGAUUUGACGGCGAAAGUAUCUUCUGCUUUCAAUGAGAACUCAUACCGCAGUAUUGCACUGUCAAGAAACUCCUGCCUUCACGUCGAUGAAUGGGACGAUAGCAUGAGACUGCUUAGUCACCCAGACUGAUAAGAUCACAUGAUACCUCCGGGUAAAGUCCGGGAUGGGUAUGGCCUUGCAUCCGCGUGCCGCAAUCGCCAGUCACAUUGUUUGGAAUGCCUUGAAUCACUGGAAGCAUCUCGAUAGGCAGCCUUGUUCUUGCCAGAGGCAACUCCUCACCGUGCAUUCGUCACCCUAACCAGCGAUAAUCCUACGAAGCGCUUCUUCCUGUCAAGUCCUACGUUGGUUCUUGCGCGUUCACUUGCUCCAUUUCAGACCCUGUCUCGAGAGAAAGCGAGGUGCCUGGCGUUAGGCUGUGACCCCGCCAAACGUUGCUGAGGCGUCAUCGGCAAAGUUGAUCACCUGCACCGACCCUCGCUCAACACCGAACUUCAAACCUACUCAUCCACAACCGCGUUUGCUAUUUUGCACCUCCAUCGCACAGAGAAUCCCAUCCCAGAUACUUAGAUUUUUCGAUCUCUCGCUCGCGAUAAUCAGCCAUGUCGGGCAUCUGGGGCUGGUUCGGUGGUGGUGCCGCGCAGAAGCGGAAGGAUACCCCCAAGAAUGUCAUUCUGGAUCUGCGGACAAGCCUGGAGAUGCUGCAGAAAAGGGAAGCCCACAUUCUCCGCCAGAUCGAGGAGCAGGAGAAGGAGGCCAGGAAGCAUGUAAACACUAACAAGACUGCGGCCAAGAAUGCCCUGCGACGCAAGAAGGUCUAUGAGGGCAACCUCGAACAGACAAUGAACCACAUCGGAACCCUCGAAACCCAGAUUAAUGCCAUCGAAUCCGCCAACAUCAACAAGGAGACGUUCGAAGCGAUGCAGAGAGCCAGCGAAGCCAUGAAGUCAAUACACGGCAAGCUCACGCCCGAGAAGGUCGACGAGGCCAUGUACGUGCCGAAAGUUUGGUUUCUAUUUUUGUGCGAUGGUACUGAUGGUGGUUAUAGGGAAAAACUUCAAGAGCACAAUCAGCUCAACGAGGAAAUCGCGGCUGCCAUCGGCUCGGUCAACAUUGGCCAGUCCAUCGACGACGGAGAAUUGGAUGCGGAGCUGGACGAGCUCAUGGCCAAGGAUCUGGAGGACAAAAUGCUCGAGACUGGCACAGUACACGCAGAUCGUCUGCCGAGCGUGGCGACCGGAGAACUCAAGAACAACAAGGGCAAGGCGCCCGCGGUCGAAGACGACGAAGAGGCGGAACUCAACAGACUCAAGGCCGAGAUGGCCAUGUAAGUCUCGGGUUUGGCAUGAUGACAUGCUGUAUAACACUAUAUGACGUGGGGAAUGAAUACACGAGGCACCGACUUCUUUUUCUCAUUGUAUUCGGUAUGGAGGGCUUCCAACAGUGAGCAGUUGGUGUGACGGGCAGGGGGGAGACCAAGGACGAACUCAAGUGGAUUUGCUUUUGAUAUUAUAUCAUCUUUACGACGGUCCCUGGAGUUUGGUUUUUCGUUGCGAUUGAUGGCACUGGCGUUUUUGAGGUUUUACGAAUUUUGAUGUAGGUAAUGGGAGGGUCGCAUAGGAGACAUAUCUUCACACAGCACAACCACAGCACGCUCCAUACACAUACACACACGUGGAAUCUUCCUAGGGCAGAUGCACUGCAUAACAUACCUACAUAGGGGAGGGAGAAGCUGCAUGCAUGGAGCUUUGUUGAAAUCCUUCACUUUUGGGAGAUCAUGUCUCACUUGGCGUUUGGAGACUAGGAGACUGGGUUCCCAGCCUCGCGGGUUCAGCCUUUCCCCACGCCCAGGCCAAGAGGAAUUCAUGAUGGCAUCAUCUGGUCUGCUUUUGUUUACAGAUUUCCCCAUCACGAGAUGCCGGUAACCGUGGGGCAUUUCAUCACGGGUCUAAUGCAUGAGAACAGCCUUACCGAUGAGGGGUUGAUCUCACCGCUGUUUUGUUAUUGUUGGAUUUUGAUGUCUUGGCUUUGGGACCCAGGACCCGAGAGCUGAUUCUGCGACGGUUCUGGCGGAUGGAGGGGAUAUUCAAGAUGAGGGGUUGUGGUUAUGAUUGCCACCUUUCUGGGGUGUCGGAAGAGGUGUUUGGUGGUUAUCAGGCAAGAUGAAGAGAUUUGAGGGGGAGGUAACUGGAAGCGCUUGGAGUAGAUACAAUAGAUAGAUAGGGUGUUGA